AUGGAGGUAUCCAAGAUUUUUGAUGAAUUAUGCCAAGAACUGUUGAAUCAUGGUUACAGUAAAGUGGACAGAUAUCAUUCUUCAUUUCAAAAGGAGCUGAAGUCUCGUCUACCAAGGAGGGAAUCAGAACGCCGUAACCAUCCUCUAGCAAGACACUGUGAUAUUUUAGCUGCCAUUGAAACCCGACUGUCAUUGCUUGGCAUGACAUUCAUGAAAUAUGUAGACAUGAAACUGUGUUGCUUUAUUCCUGGCAAGGUUCUCGAUGAGAUAAUGCAUUUAAUAAAUUACAUCAGAAAGACACCGAAUCCUCCAAGAGCACAUGAACUUCUUCAGGAAUUGAGAGACAUAUCCUCCAUGGCAAUGGAAUAUUUUGAUGAGAAGAUUGUACCAACACUUAGAAGGAAUAUGCCACAUCCGUCAGAGUAUAUCAUAACAAAUCCAAGUAUGGGGAUAUCAAGUGGCAGUGCAGCAUGUUCCAGUGGUGUUGUAGCAGCCAGGCGUCAGGAUCUAAUUAAACUUCAGGCUCAGUUAAAAGUCAGCAUAAAUAACCUACUGCAUUUCCGUAAGGAGUUCCUUGAACACAAAAAAGAGUUGUUAGAACAUAAAAAGAAGAAUUCAGAUCAGGAGAAGCGAAUACAAAAACAGGAACAAGUUAUCACAGAUCUAAAUAACAAAAUAUGUGUACAGGACAGAAAGCUGAAUGAAAUGAAUCGCAAGUUUGUUGACUAUGAUCAGAAAUUUGAAGACCUAACAGCAGAAAUUGGUAAACUGACCCGGAUCUCCACUGAACGGUUGCCAGGGCCGCUGAAGCGUAAAAGAAAAUGUGUCGACUUGGACGAAGGGGAGCAGAGCAGUGAUAAACCUAUCAAAUUAAGGACAUCAAGGCCGAGAGAGAAAAAACAGAAACACUCUUCCAAUUAACUUUAUUAUUGUAAUACAUUGCUGUUAGAUAAAGUAGUAUAACCAUUUACAUAAUUAGUGACCACCACAAAAUGCUGUGAGUAAUGGACAAUUUGCAUAACAAUGUAGUAUGUUAAUUACCUCUUGCAUCAUUAUUAUAUUAAUUUAUUCCAUUGUUUUAUUAACAGUGGAGCCACUAUUCUAUUAUACUCUGGGGGAGAACCCCGAGUCAAUUACUUAUUACAAACAUAUAUUUAACAGACAAAGAUAUUUAUGUCUAGUCUUUGCGCAGAGAUGAAUUAAAAUGGGCAAAA